CGCCACCCAGCAGAGUAAAUAAACGCAGAGUUUCUCCAAGUGUUGUUUCCACCUGGGAAAAGAGAGGCAUCAUCAUGUCUAACAUUACUAUUGAUCCUGAUGUCAAACCUGGCGAGUAUGUCAUCAAAAGCCUCUUUGCUGAAUUUGCUGUUCAAGCUGAAAAGAAAAUUGAACUUGUAAUGGCUGAACCUUUGGAAAAGCUCUUGUCCAGAUCUCUUCAAAGAGGUGAAGAUCUUCAGUUUGAUCAGUUGAUAAGCUCUAUGAGCUCAGUAGCAGAGCACUGUCUCCCUUCCUUAUUACGCACCUUGUUUGACUGGUACAGGCGUCAAAAUGGAACAGAAGAUGAAUCUUAUGAAUAUAGACCUCGGUCUAGCACAAAAUCGAAGGGGGAUGACCAACAACGUGAAAGAGAUUAUCUACUUGAAAGGAGGGACUUAGCUGUAGAUUUCAUUUUUUGUUUAGUUUUAAUAGAGGUUCUAAAACAGAUACCUGUUCAUCCAGUGCCAGAUCCUUUAGUACAUGAAGUUCUAAACUUGGCUUUUAAGCACUUUAAACAUAAGGAAGGGUAUUCAGGAACCAACACUGGGAAUGUGCAUAUUAUUGCAGACCUAUAUGCAGAAGUGACAGGGGUUCUUGCUCAAUCAAAAUUCCAAGCUGUUAGGAAGAAGUUUGUCACUGAAUUAAAGGAACUGCGACAAAAAGAACAGAGUCCUCAUGUAGUACAAAGUAUCAUCAGUUUGAUAAUGGGAAUGAAGUUUUUCCGAGUAAAGAUGUAUCCCGUGGAGGAUUUUGAAGCAUCAUUUCAGUUCAUGCAGGAAUGUGCUCAGUACUUCCUGGAAGUAAAAGAUAAAGAUAUAAAACAUGCACUUGCUGGUUUGUUUGUGGAAAUUCUCAUCCCUGUGGCUGCUGCUGUUAAAAACGAAGUCAAUGUGCCAUGUUUGAAAAAUUUUGUGGAGAUGCUUUAUCAGACUACCUUUGAAUUGAGUUCAAGAAAGAAGCAUUCACUGGCUUUGUAUCCAUUGAUCACCUGCCUCUUGUGUGUCAGUCAGAAACAGUUUUUUUUAAAUAACUGGCACGUUUUCCUGCAGAACUGUUUGUCACAUCUGAAGAAUAAAGAUCCCAAAAUGUCCCGAGUUGCACUGGAAUCUUUGUAUAGGUUAUUGUGGGUUUAUGUUAUUAGAAUAAAAUGUGAAAGCAACACUGUAACUCAAAGCCGUCUCAUGAGCAUUGUAUCAGCACUUUUCCCAAAAGGAUCACGUAGUGUGGUCCCGCGAGACACACCUCUGAAUAUAUUUGUGAAGAUUAUUCAGUUCAUUGCUCAGGAACGUUUGGAUUUUGCAAUGAAAGAAAUAAUAUUUGAUCUUCUUAGUGUUGGAAAAUCUCCUAAAACCUUCACUAUUAACCCAGAGAGGAUGAAUAUUGGCCUCAGAGUCUUCCUUGUCAUAGCAGACAGCUUGCAGCAGAAAGACGGUGAACCACCAAUGCCAACAACAGGAGUUGUUCUUCCCUCAGGAAAUACUCUGCGCGUGAAGAAAAUUUUUCUUAAUAAAACACUGACAGAUGAGGAAGCAAAAGUUAUAGGAAUGUCCAUAUACUACCCUCAAGUCAGAAAAGCGCUAGACAGCAUUCUUAGGCAUUUGGACAAAGAAGUUGGAAGGCCCAUGUGCAUGACUAGUGUGCAGAUGUCCAAUAAAGAACCUGAAGACAUGAUUACGGGUGAGAGAAAACCUAAGAUAGAUUUAUUCAGAACUUGCAUUGCUGCUAUCCCAAGACUGAUUCCAGAUGGCAUGAGCAGGACUGACCUCAUUGAAUUGCUUGCAAGGCUGACAAUUCAUAUGGAUGAAGAACUUCGUGCCUUGGCUUUCAAUACUCUCCAAGCAUUAAUGCUUGAUUUUCCAGAUUGGCGGGAAGAUGUUCUUUCAGGAUUUGUAUAUUUUAUUGUGCGUGAAGUGACUGACAUCCACCCAACGCUUCUUGACAAUGCAGUAAAAAUGUUAGUGCAGCUCAUAAAUCAGUGGAAACAAGCAGCCCAAAUGCACAAUAAAAACCAAGAUUCUCAGCGUGGUGUAUCCAAUGGGGCUGCCCAUACCCUUCCUCUGGAGAGGACCCUUUAUUCGAGUGUAUUCCAUGUGGUGGAAGGCUUUGCUUUGGUCAUCCUUUGCAGCACAAGACCUGCCACCAGGAGACUGGCUGUCAGUGUUCUCAGAGAAAUAAGGGCCUUGUUCACAGUUUUAGAGAUUUCUAAGAGUGACGAUGAGUUGGCUAUAGAUGUAAUGGACAGACUGAGUGCUACUAUCCUGGAGAGUUUCAUACAUCUCACUGGGGCUGACCAGACUACUUUACUGUAUUGUCCCAGUUCAAUAGAUUUACAAACUCUGGCUGACUGGAAUUCCUCCCCCAUCAGCCACCAGUUUGAUGUGGUCAGUCCAUCACAUAUAUGGAUAUUUGCACAUGUGACUCAAGGCCAAGAUCCAUGGAUUAUAAGCCUCUCAAGUUUUAUGAAACAGGAAAAUCUCCCAAAACACUGCCCAACAGCUGUAAGCUAUGCUUGGACGUUUGCGUAUACCAGACUCCAACUGCUGUCUCCACAAGUGGAUAUAAACAGCCCUAUCAAUGCAAAGAAAGUGAAUACUACUACAAGCAGUGACUCCUAUAUUGGGCUCUGGAGAAACUACCUGAUUCUUUGCUGCAGUGCAGCAUCUUCUUCAAACUCCUCCACCUCCACAGGCUCUGUGAGAUGUUCCCCUCCUGAGACGCUGGCGUCUACUCCUGACAGUGGUUAUAGCAUUGAUUCAAGAAUCAUUGGCAUUCCAUCCCCUUCCUCCCUGUUUAAGCACAUAGUUCCAAUGAUGCGCUCUGAGAGCAUGGAAAUUACAGAAUCCCUUGUGCUGGGACUUGGCAGGACCAACCCAGGAGCUUUCAGGGAACUAAUAGAAGAAUUACAUCCUAUAAUUAAGGAAGCACUUGAAAGAAGGCCAGAGAACAUGAAACGGCGCAGGCGUCGAGAUAUUUUACGAGUACAACUAGUACGAAUAUUUGAACUGUUGGCAGAUGCUGGUGUCAUUAGUCACAGUGCAAGUGGUGGCCUUGAUAAUGAAACACAUUCCCUCAACAACACUUUACUUGAGUAUGUUGAUCUAACAAGACAACUCCUAGAAGCAGAAAAUGAAAAGGAUUCUGAUACAUUGAAAGAUAUCCGAUGCCAUUUUAGUGCCUUAGUGGCAAAUAUCAUUCAAAAUGUUCCAGUACACCAGAGGAGAAGUGUCUUUCCUCAGCAGAGUCUACGCCACAGUCUAUUUAUGUUGUUCAGUCAUUGGGCAGGUCCUUUUAGUAUCAUGUUUACUCCCCUGGACAGAUACAGUGAUAGGAACAUGAGAAUAAACAGACACCAAUACUGUGCAUUAAAGGCUAUGUCUGCUGUACUGUGUUGUGGCCCUGUUGCAGACAAUGUCGGGCUCUCAUCUGAUGGCUAUUUGUACAAAUGGCUGGAUAAUAUCUUGGAUUCACAAGAUAAAAAGGUUCACCAGCUAGGCUGUGAGGCAGUCAUGCUGCUCUUGGAACUCAACCCCGACCAGAGUAACCUCAUGUACUGGGCUGUAGACCGGUGUUAUACAGGUUCCAAGCGGGUAGCAGCUGGCUGUUUUAAAGCCAUAGCCAGUGUGUUCCAAAACAGGGAAUACCAGUGUGAUACAGUGACCCUCCUGAAUCUGAUAUUAUUUAAAGCAGCUGAUUCUACUAGGGCUAUCUAUGAAGUUGCUAUGCAACUAUUACAGAUCUUGGAACCAAAGAUGUUCCGUUAUGCUCACAAACUGGAAGUUCAGCGGACGGAUGGGGUUUUGGGUCAGCCUUCUCCUUUACCACAUCUGUAUUCUGUGUCUUAUUAUCAACUGUCAGAAGAAUUAGCAAGGACUUACCCUGAGCUAACACUUGCUAUUUUCUCAGAAGUAAGUCAGAGAAUCCAAACGGCUCACCCAGCUGGGAGACAGGUGAUGCUGCAUUAUCUUCUGCCAUGGAUGAACAAUAUUGAGUUGGUAGAUUUGAAACCUUUGCCAACUAUUCGUCGGCAAGAUGAAGAUGAAGAAGAUUCUUUGAAAGACAGAGAAAUAAUGGUGAAUAGUAGACGAUGGCUAAGAGGAGAAGGUUGGGGAUCACCACAGGCUACAGCUAUGGUUCUGAACAAUCUGAUGUAUAUGACUGCAAAGUAUGGUGAUGAAGUGGCUUGGUCAGAGAUAGAAAAUGUCUGGACUACUUUGGCAGACAGCUGGCCAAAGAAUCUGAAAAUAAUUUUGCACUUCUUGAUCAGUAUCUGUGGAGUGAACAGUGAACCCAGCCUUUUGCCUUAUGUAAAGAAAGUUAUUGUUUAUUUGGGUAGAGAUAAAACAAUGCAACUACUAGAAGAGCUGGUGAGUGAACUUCAGCUUACAGAUCCCGUCAGUUCAGGAGUCACCCAUAUGGAUAAUCCACCAUAUUACCGCAUUACUUCCAGUUAUAAGAUCCCCUCUGUCACAUCAGGUACCACUUCCAGUAGCAAUACAAUGGUAGCUCCCACAGAUGGCAACCCUGACAGUAAACAUAUAAAAGACAAUAUUGAAGAGAAUUAUGUACAUCUAGACAUCUACAGCGGGUUGAACAGUAACUUAAACCGCCAGCACCACAGACUAGAGUCUCGCUACAGCAGCAGCUCUGGAGGAUCAUAUGAAGAGGAAAAAAGUGAUUCAAUGCCUCUGUAUUCAAACUGGCGGUUGAAGGUGAUGGAGCACAAUCAAGGAGAGCCUCUGCCUUUUCCACCUUCUGGAGGCUGCUGGUCACCACUAGUGGAUUACUUGCCUGAAACUUCUCCUCCGGGCAUGUCUCUUCACAGAUGCAAUAUAGCAGUGAUCCUUUUGACUGACUUGAUAGUUGACCACAGUGUAAAGGUGGAAUGGGGAGGAUACUUGCAUCUUUUGCUUCAUGCAAUUUUUAUAGGUUUUGACCAUUGUCACCCCGAAGUCUAUGAGCAUUGUAAACGACUGCUUUUGCAUCUACUGAUAGUGAUGGGAUCUGGCAGUAAUGUCCAGUCUGUUGCUUCUGUCCUGCUCAGAAACAGAGAGUUCAAUGAGUCCAGGGUGCUCACUGUCAAGCAAACUACGCAUUUAGAUUAUACCUUCACAGCAGGUGUUAAUGAUUUUAUACCUGAUUACCAGCCCUCCCCAAUGACAGACUCAGGGCUUAGUUCAAGUUCUACCUCUUCUAGCAUCAGUUUAGGAAAUGCAAGUGCUGCCAUUUCUCAGCUGCACACCACAAUCCUCAACGAGGUUGACAUUUCAGUAGAGCUGGAUGAAAAAGUGAAAACUCUCAUAGAAUUUAUUACCUCAAGGAAAAGAGGCCCACUUUGGAACCAUGAAGAUGUUUCAGCCAAGAACCCUAAUAUAAAGAGCGCUGAACAGUUAACUGUAUUUUUAAAGCAUGUGGUGUCUAUAUUUAAACAGUCUAGCUCAGGAGGAUUUCAAUUGGAACACCGUCUCAGUGAAGUUGCUUUGCAAACUGCGCUUUCAUGUUCCUCUCGACAUUAUGCUGGGAGGUCCUUUCAGAUUUUCAGGGCUCUGAAGCAGCCUCUUACUGCAUCUACACUUUCUGAUGUUCUCUCCAGACUAGUAGAAACUGUUGGAGAUGCAGGAGAAGAAGCUCAGGGUUUUGUCAUAGAACUGCUUCUGACCUUAGAGUCUGCUAUUGAUACAUUGGCUGAAACCAUGAAGCAUUAUGAUCUGCUUUCUGCCCUUUCUCAAACCUCAUACCAUGAUUCUGUAAUGGGGAACAAGUAUGCAGCUAAUAGGAAAAGCACUGGACAGAUAAACCUAAGCACAAGUCCCAUUAAUAGUGGCAAUUGUUUGGGAUACUACAGCAAUACAAGGAGUAAUUCUUUAAGACUGAAUUUAAUCAGUGAGCGGAGAGGCGACCGUCGGCGGAGCAACACACUGGAUAUAAUGGAUGGAAGGAUAAAUCAUGGUGGAAGUUUGGCCAGGACUAGAAGCCUUUCCUCCCUGAGAGAGGGAGGGAUGUAUGAUGUGCAGCCCACUACUGACCCUGUCAACUUGAUGGCCACCAUAUUUUGGAUUGCAGCUUCGUUGCUGGAGUCAGAUUAUGAGUAUGAAUACCUUUUGGCUCUCAAGCUGCUCAACAAGCUUCUUAUUCACUUGCCUCUGGAUAAAUCAGAGAGUCGGGAAAAGAUAGAAAAGGUGCAGAGUAAACUGAAAUGGAAUAACUUUCCAGGCCUUCAGCAGCUUUUCCUAAAAGGCUUUACUUCGGCAUCUACGCAAGAAAUGACAGUUCAUCUCCUCAGUAAACUCAUCACAAUUUCCAGGCAUGCUCUGGUGGAUCCGUCUCAGUUAGCAGGAUUUCCCCUAAACAUCUUGUGCCUACUUCCUCAUCUGAUCCAACAUUUUGAUAACCCAACUCAGUUUUGUAAAGAAACAGCUGACAGGAUAGCAAAGGUUUGUGCAGAGGAGAAAUCACCCACUCUUGCCAAUCUGGCUCAUAUGAUGAGUUUAUACAGCACACACAGUUAUUCCAGAGACUGUUCUAACUGGAUUAAUGUAGUAUGUAGAUAUUUGCAUGACUCUUUCUCAGAUGCCACAUUUAACCUCGUAACUUAUCUUGCAGAGCUAUUAGAGAAAGGGUUAUCCAGUAUGCAACAGUCCUUACUGCAGAUCAUUUACAGUCUUCUGAGUCAUAUUGACCUAUCCACAGCACCAGUGAAGCAGUUUAAUUUGGAAAUCAUAAAAGUUAUUGGUAAAUAUGUUCAGAGUCCAUAUUGGAAGGAAGCUCUUAAUAUUUUGAAAUUGGUGGUGUCUCGGUCAGCAAGCCUUGUUGUACCUAAUGAUAUCCCAAAGUCUUAUGGAGGUGACAUAGGUUCUCCUGAAAUAUCUUUCACGAAGAUUUUUAAUGUCUCCAAGGAGCUUCCUGGGAAGACCUUAGAUUUUCAUUUUGAUAUAUCAGAGACACCAAUUAUUGGGAAUAAGUAUGGUGAUCAACACAGUGCAGCUGGUAGAAAUGGGAAGCCAAAAGUCAUUGCUGUCACCCGCAGCACUUCUUCAACUUCAUCAGGCUCCAAUUCAAAUGCAUUAGUUCCUGUCAGCUGGAAGAGACCACAGCUAUCUCAGAGAAGAACUAGGGAGAAGCUAAUGAAUGUGCUUUCUCUGUGUGGUCCAGAAUCUGGUCUUCCCAAGAAUCCUUCAGUUGUGUUUUCUUCUAAUGAGGACUUGGAAGUUGGAGAUCAACAAACUAGUCUUAUUUCAACAACAGAAGAAGUGAUUCAAGAGGAGGAAGUGGCUGUAGAAGACAAUACCAGUGAACAACAAUUUGGAGUUUUUAAAGACUUUGACUUUUUAGAUGUUGAAUUGGAAGAUGCAGAGGGUGAGAGCAUGGACAACUUCAACUGGGGUGUUCGCAGGCGCUCUCUCGACAGUAUUGACAAAGGAGACACACCAUCUCUUCAAGAAUGUCAGUACUCUGGUAGCACACCCAGCUUGAACUUGACCAACCAGGAAGAUACUGACGAGUCUUCAGAAGAGGAAGCAGCCCUGACUGCAAGUCAGAUACUGUCUCGUUCACAGAUGUUAAACAGCGAUUCUGCCAUAGAUGAAACAAUAUCAGACCAUGCUGGUUUAUCACUUCAGUCUCAGGAUUCCACUAGCAGUGUGGGAACGGAAGAUGUGCUUCAAAUAAGAACUGAGACGCCAAGUUUGGAGGCUUCUCCUCUAGAUAACUCUAGCAACCAGCUGCCUGAGGAAUGCAGUUCAGCAGUAAGGGAUGAACAGGUUAGCACUGCUAGUGAAGACACUGGGUCGUAUCUACUACAAGAACAACAAGACUGUCUGGUCUGUCAUGAAUCUCUUGAGUUGGAAGAGACCACAGAAUUGGCAGAGGCAACAGCUCCUGAGAGCUAUUCUGAAUCUGUCUGUGAAGAGGAUGUUACUCUUGCUUUGAAAGAGCUAGAUGAGAGAUGUGAAGAAGAAGAAGCUGACUUCUCUGGUUUGUCUAGCCAAGAUGAAGAAGAACAGGAUGGUUUCCCAGAAGUACAAACUUCCCCACCUCCUUCACCAUUUCUUUCUGCCAUAUUGGCAGCUUUCCAGCCAGUGGCAUAUGAUGAUGAAGAGCAAGCCUGGCGCUGUCAUGUCAAUCAAAUGCUGUCAGAUACAGAUGGAUCUUGUGCUGUCUAUACAUUUCACGUCUUCUCAAGAUUGUUUCAGACUAUUCAAAGGAAGUUUGUAUCUAUAACAAAUGAUUCAGUCAGCUUUCUUGGCGAAAGUCUGCAGCGCAUUGGAACAAAAUUUAAAAGUUCUCUGGAAGUGAUGAUGUUGUGUUCAGAAUGUCCAACAGUCUUUGUGGAUGCGGAAACGCUAUUGUCUUGUGGCCUGCUAGAAACGUUGAAGUUCAGUGUUCUAGAGCUCCAGGAACACUUGGAUACUUACAAUGUCAAAAGAGAGGCAGCAGAACAGUGGCUGGAAGACUGCAAAAGAACAUUUGGUACUGAUGAUGGUAUUUAUGGUGCCAACACAGAUGCCCAGCAAAUGGAAAUUCUAGCAGAGCUGGAGUUGUGUCGGAGACUAUACAAGUUACAUUUCCAGUUGCUGCUUCUGUUCCAAGCCUAUUGCAAGCUCAUCAGCCAAGUAAAAACAAUAAAAAAAGAAGCAGAGGUCAUAAACAUGUCUGACGAACUUGCUCUUUUGGAGAGCUGUCUGAAGGAGGCUGAGGCUGCAUCUGACAGUGGUAUCGAAGAAAUCGAAAUUGCAGAGGCUUCCCAAGCUAGCACGGAAACGGCUAUUCACUCUCUCAUUGAAACCCUGAGAAACAGGGAGUUUGUGUCAGCCGUAGCACAGGUCAAGGCUUUCAGAUCUAUUUGGCCCCAUGACAUCUUUGGCAGUUCUGAAGAUGACCCAGUUCAAACAUUGCUGCACAUAUACUUCCGUCAUCAGACACUUGGUCAGACUGGUAGCUUCGCAGUAGUAGGCUCCAACCAGGACAUGUCUGAGGCCAGCUCAAAGCUGAUGGAACUGAAUCUGGAAAUUCGAGAGUCUCUACGCAUGGUGCAAUCCUAUCAGCUUCUAGGGAAGAUCAAACCAGGAAUCAAUCUUGUGAGCACUGGAUUCUGAACAGCUGUCAUUUAGAAAGAUGAUGAUGAAGAUGCUUCAGACUAUUAUUGAGCACCUUUCAUGAAAACAGUAAGAAAAAAAGAAAAAAAACAAAACCCUCCAGCCAGCCAACACAGUUUCAUCACAGCAAGAAAUUGUUUCAACAAGAGUAAAAACCUGAGAAUUGAACAUCUUACUUGACUGCUCUUUCUACACAGUACCUGUGUGGCAGUAGUAUUUUUUUAUUAAAUUUAUGUAUAAAAACUACAUGAAAGGAAAAGGGCUUAACUGUAAUGCAUACAUAUGCAUUAUCUUCUGUUGUAACUCCUGUGUAGUUCUGUUGUAACAGGACUAUAAAUGGUGUUUGCAGUAACAGCCUCUAAAGGUUGAAGCAAUAUUGCAGGUGGGAUGAGGCUAAAAUCAAGGCUGGGUUAUUUUGGCUGAAGACCUGCAAGGCUUCCUGGCUUUCCAGCAGUAGUAAAUAUAAUCAACUAAUACCUAAUGAGACACUUUGCAAUGCCAUGAAGAAUGUGCGGUCAAACAUGAGUAGAAUGACUUAACGACUGCAAAACCAGUUGACUUCUCAAUGUUUUAUUUGCUUUUGUUGUCUGUAUCAAGGAAAUGAUGUGUGUGAGUUAGAAUGUAUGGCUAUGUGGCAGUUGUUUUUUGAAGGUAUGGAUGAUUGUUAAAUGAGGUCUCAGAGCAUGCUUGAAAGAGCUGCAAGAUUAUUUUUGAAGAAAUUUUAUUUUAUUAGAUCUAAUCCUCAUAGUGUGUAAAUGUUAGGACAUUUAAUAAUAUUUUAAACUGGG